UUUUACUGGCAGCCGCACAUCAACCGAAGCAUCAAGGAGCUACAAUAUGGGCCUGCUGGACGGACUGAUCACGGGCUUCGCGCGUAAGAGCAAGUUCGGGCGCUCGCACUCGCUACGUCCGCUGACGAGCAAGCGUGCCAACCGCCGCUUCUACAAGGGUAACGGUUGCCGCAACGAGGGUAAGCACGCCAAGCGCGGCCGCUACGUGGUGGACCAGGACAAGCUGCUGCAGCUCGAAGUGCCCGACCUCACGGACUUUAAGCUCAAGGCCUACGUGUCACCGCUGACGCCCAACCGUCCCCCGCAGUAGAGUGACAGACACAUAGGCUUCAUUUUUUCUUCAUAAGGCAAUGACACGGAGGGUUUUAGAUGAAAAACUGGACGCUGCUGUUAUCUAGAAGAAUGAAUCGCGUUGCUACGGUGUGUGGGCGUUUGAAGCCUUAGGAGAUGGUGCAGCCACAAGUCUGGCCCUUGCGGAGCUGCUGGCAUUCCUCACUCAGCAGGUUGAGCUCCAUCUCCUGACGUUCUUUCUCCUGCACCACACGUUCGUACUCAGACUUCAUGCGUGCAAGUUCACUAUCGACUUCUUCGCGCUUCUUGGCUUCGCUCGAGAGCUUGAGACCGGCAGAUUCACGCUCGAUCUCCACAUGUUGCUUGGUGGCAGCCUCGUCCUGCAACAUACUCUCCAAGUUGGCGAUACGUUCACGCUGCGCUUCAGCUUCCGCCUCGAAACGCGCCUUCUCCGACAUGAUCUGAGACGACUGCGCCUGCAUCUGCUCGAUCUGCUCCUUGUAGAUCUGUUCACGGCCUCCGACGCUGCCUAGUUCCUCCUUCACCUUCGACACGUCGCCCUGUAAAGUCCGGAUCUUCUUCUCGUAUCCUUCUUCCUGUCGGCUCAAUAGAAUCCGCAUAGCUUCAGC